UUGAAUCGCAGCUCGUAAACGCGCCAUGGUGGACGCUGUGGGGCCGCCGCUGUGCAACGCCAGCGUGAGUCCAGUUCUAAGGCCGGAGGCACGGAUCUCGGGCAACGGUGAGCUGCAGUUCUUGGGCUGGAAUGUGCCGCCGGAUCAGAUACAGUAUAUACCGGAGCAUUGGCUCACCCAGCUAGAGCCGCCGGCCUCAAUGCACUACAUGCUCGGCAUCUUCUAUAUAUUUCUGUUUUGCGCCUCGACCGUGGGCAACGGCAUGGUCAUCUGGAUCUUUUCGACAUCGAAGUCGUUGCGGACGCCCUCCAACAUGUUUGUGCUGAAUCUGGCCGUGCUUGACCUCAUAAUGUGCCUGAAAGCGCCCAUCUUCAUCUACAACAGUUUCCAUCGAGGCUUCGCCCUGGGCAACACUGCCUGCCAGAUCUUUGCGGCCAUCGGCUCGUACUCGGGCAUUGGCGCCGGAAUGACCAAUGCGGCUAUUGGCUAUGAUCGCUUCAAUGUCAUCACGAAGCCCAUGAAUCGCAACAUGACGUUCACCAAGGCGAUUGUCAUGAACAUAAUCAUCUGGCUCUAUUGCACUCCGUGGGUUGUUAUGCCGCUCACCCAGUUCUGGGAUCGAUUCGUGCCGGAGGGCUAUCUGACGUCCUGUUCCUUCGAUUACCUAACGGAUAACUUUGAUACGCGCCUUUUUGUGGUCACCAUUUUCUUCUUCAGCUUCGUGUGCCCCUCUCUGAUGAUAAUCUACUACUACAGCCAGAUAGUUGCGCAUGUGAUCAGCCAUGAGAAAGCGUUGCGCGACCAGGCCAAGAAGAUGAACGUUGAGUCGCUGCGCUCCAACGUGGACAAGAGCAAGGAUACGGCUGAGAUACGGAUUGCAAAGGCAGCCAUUACCAUAUGCUUCCUAUUCUUCGUGUCCUGGACGCCGUACGGCGUGAUGUCCCUAAUCGGUGCGUUCGGGGACAAAAGCUUGCUAACACCUGGGGCCACUAUGAUACCGGCCUGCACCUGCAAACUGGUGGCCUGCAUAGACCCAUUCGUCUAUGCCAUCAGCCACCCGAGGUACCGCAUGGAGCUACAGAAGCGUUGCCCCUGGCUGGCCAUCAAUGAGAAGGCGCCCGAGGCCAGCUCGGCGGCGUCAACAACAACCCAGGAGCAACAGCAAACAACUGCAGCUUAAGCUGAGCUACGAUGAUGACAACAAGGACUCUCGAAAGCGGACUACGCUGACUACGACACAAACGACCCGGAAAUCGAUCUUCGCGUGAUAUUUGAAAACAGGAAAAGCUAACCGAAUGCGUAAUAUCUCUGUAAUGGUUUUACUAUAACAAACCAAUUAUUUGUAGUGCGCUCUAUAAGAAAUUCUGAAUGUAUAAUCUAAAUGCAAAGUUCUAAAAAGAAUAAAACAAAAACAAAAAAAAACAAGUAA